ACGGACUUCCGGUUUAUUUCUCCGUGUUUUGGCUCCGCCCCCUGCUCCCGUGCAAGUUCCAGGUGAGAAGCAGCCCGUCGAGAACGAGCCCACUUUCCUCGUUCACGAGUUCCUCCAUCAUCUCCGGAAAAACCUGCACCCAGAAGACGUUACACUAAUUUAAAUUCAACUAUACUCUACGUCAAACACGAUGGCGGAAGGUGAAGGAAGGAACUAUCUCGCUUCCUUCUCAUCUCUGAUGAGAGCUGCACAUGCGCAGUACCGACCGGACGUCUGCGUGGACUGAUAGCAGCAGGCUAAACGGUGCUAGCAGCUGCAAAAUAAACAGGUUCAUAGAUGAUGAUGAUGGACAUCUUCAUCCUCUGAUGGGAAGCAGAGAUGAAGAUGUCCAUCAGAUGAGGAUGAUGAUGAGCUUCAACAUGAACAGACAAGGAGCUGGAAAACAACAGGAGGAAAAGGAGGAGAACUUCUACGACUGUCAGGAGACCCUAGAACCUUCAGGCCGAAGGGAGGAGGAGGAGGAAGAAGAGGAAGAUGACUUUCACAUUAAAACUGAUGGACUGACUGACAGAAGAGACACUACAGAGAGAGAAGUAGGAGGAGGAAGACAGAAGGAGGAGAAGGGCGACAGGCUGCAGGAGGAGCAGCAGGGCGACAGGCUGCUGCAGGAGGAGCAGCAGGGCGACAGGCUGCAGGAAGAGCAGCAGGGCGACAGGCUGCAGGAAGAGCAGCAGGGCGACAGGCUGCAGGAAGAGCAGCAGGACGACAGGCUGCAGGAAGAGGAGCAGGGCGACAGGCUGCAGGAGGAGGAGCAGGGCGACAGGCUGCAGGAAGAGCAGCAGGGCGACAGGCUGCAGGAGGAGCAGCAGGACGACAGGCUGCAGGAAGAGCAGCAGGGCGACAGGCUGCAGGAAGGGCAGCAGGGCGACAGGCUGCAGGAGGAGCAGCAGGACGACAGGCUGCAGGAAGAGCAGCAGGGCGACAGGCUGCAGGAAGAGCAGCAGGGCGACAGGCUGCAGGAAGAGCAGCAGGACGACAGGCUGCAGGAAGAGCAGCAGGGCGACAGGCUGCAGGAAGAGCAGCAGGACGACAGGCUGCAGGAGGAGGAGCAGGGCGACAGGCUGCAGGAGGAUUCAGAUUCCGAGAUGGAGGAGAGCAGCCAGGAGGUGGAGUUUGAUGAUGAUUACCUAAAGGAGGCGGAGAAGGAGCUGACAGAAGAGGAGAAAGAGAGUCGACGGCAGCAAAGUUUAACCCUGAAGGAAAAAGGCAACGGACACUUUAAAGCCGGAGACUGGGUGGACGCAGAGCGGAGCUACACAAACGCCUUGGUUUCAUGUCCGGUUUGUUUCAGCCGAGAGAGAGCUGUGCUGUUCUCCAACCGAGCUGCUGCAAGACUGCACCUGGAUCUGAAGGUGAAGGCGAUCUUGGACUGCACCAGAGCGAUACAACUGAAUCCAGACUAUGUGCGGGCGUUGCUAAGGAGGGCGGAGCUUCAUGAGCAGACGGACAAGCUGGACGAGGCUCUGGAGGACUACAAGAAGGUCCUAGAGCUGGACCCGACCCACACAAGCGCCAGACAGGCCUGCAUGAGGCUGCCUCAGCAGAUCCAGGAGAGGAAUGAGAAGUUGAAGGAGGAGAUGAUGAGUAAACUAAAGGACCUGGGGAACCUUGUCCUGAGACCCUUCGGACUUUCCACCAACAACUUCCAGGUGAACCAGGACUCGGACACUGGCUCAUACUCCAUCAACUUUGUCCAGAACCCCAACAACAACAACAGAUGACAUCACCCAGGAGAGAGUGAUGAUGUCACAGAGGGCCCCGAUUGAAGGGGCAUUCUCUGCUAUCCAUGGUAACCGCAUUGCAGAUGACCAAUCGGAGCACUGCACUCAUUGUGAUGUCAUUCUUACAGAAUCCUGACUAAAUAAUAAAGAUCAUGAGGAAAAUGUU